UCUCACAUUUCGAACGAAAUUGAACUCUCUCGAAGAAAUCUCACUCUUCAGUCUUCUCUCUCGCUCGUCUGUCAACCCUAGCCGCUCGUCUGUCGUCUCUCAAGUUCUCAACCCUAGCCGCUUGUCUGUCGUCUCUCGCUCGUCCGUCUCUAUCUCGAAACCUAAGAAAAAAGAAUAGAAAGAAUAGACGAAUAGAAAUUGAGAGAGGAGUUCUUCGACUACCGCCCAGAUUAUACGCUGAGCAAGCCAACUUACAAAGGAGCCCAGUCGAUCUACGAAUUCACUAUCAAGAGCACCUCAGUCGGGAGCCAUCCUACUACCCAAACGAGUGAACGACGGUGCCUCUGGCUUUUUCCGAAAUAAAAUGACAGAUACUUGAUCUUUGUUCCAUGCCAAGUCAAGCGGUAAGGUUGCUCGGUCAAAACCGAGCGGCACAGUGGCUUCAGCUUAUAGAUCAACGAUUGAUACUGCAGUCUGUAGCUCUAAAACCACUCCCGGCCACCAGCAUCAGCUUCUCAUCGGGCUUCGCAUUCCCAGUCUCUCACCGCUCUUGUCGCCGUCCUCUUGAGGUCCAGCCACUGCCCGACUGCCCGCCAGGUGCCGCUUCGUUCAACCUCAGUAUACUGCCGAUUCUGCCCAUUAUUGUUGAGAGAGAGAUGGCCGAGACUACAUCAAGUACUGCAAUUUGGGAAGAAAUCGAGCGAUCUGAGAGCUACCUAGUGUGCUCAAUGUAUGAGGAGGCAGCAUCCUUAGCUUCAUCGAUAUUAAAGCGUCUUCGCAACGAUAACGAAGGCAUUGAAGCUGGAGAAGAUGUUGAAUUCUAUGACAUGUUAGAGUCGACUGGUAUGGUGUUGGUGCAGUCCUUGAAGGAACUUGGAAGGUCAUCAGAAAUUCUGAAUCAACUUAAACUACUUUAUGUUCUUGUCACUGCUAUCCCUGUUCAAGUUCUGCUUACUGGGGUAUGCUUUCAGAUAUCAGAAGGUUCUUCUUUUGGUGUUCGGGAAUUUCUUGAGGAUUUCCUUAGCAAGUGGAGAUCUGUAGAUGAAAGAUACUAUGUUCUUGUUGAUGCAGAAGCAAAUGUAGAUUGUAUCCCAAGACAUGACAGGCGAUUUAUUCUAGGAGUUGAUGAAUAUUUUGAAGUUGUCGAGGUCUAUGCCGUGACCAUUCUUGCAACAGUUUUAAAUGAUUUCGAAUUUGCCAUCUCGUUGGUUGAGAAAGCUGCACUACCUGAGGAAAAACGACAGGUACUUCUGAGGAAAUUACAUUCCCUUCAUUCUAUUAAAGCCACCAACUUGUCACAAGGACCCUCAAUUUUGCCGGGAGAUAGUCACGACACUCGUUUCUCAUCACUGAAAGAACUGAAUGUGCCUGAGGGUUCUCGAAAAGCAUUGAAAGCCAAAUACCAACCUAAUCAAGGGAGUGUUGCCAAACAAGCAGUUUUAAAAUUUUCUGAGCGGAUAGAACCAUGUUUCUGGUGGUUUCGUACCUUCACUUUGAAGUUUGGUAAUGCUCGAUUGGUUUUAUCGAAUGGGAAAAUUUUCCUGGGCUGUUUGAUCUUGCUCAUGUGCCAUGUUGUCCGAAAGAAAAAGGCUCUUUUGAAGAGGUUUGCUGGAAGACAAGUACUGUUCUUGAAGAAGGCCGUGAUGGAUUUGUGGCAGCUUGCGUUUUCGUACCAAGUGAAUCCUCUAGCAGCUGUUCAACCUCUCACCGCUGCAACACGUGGAGGGCAGUGAUGAAAUUUACAGUAAUUGCCCUUUUUAGGUCUCUCAUACAGGGUAAAAUAUCAUAGAGCUCAAAAAAGUUUUCAAUGCCUAGCUCAUCAAAAUGUCAUCACUAGAAGACAAAUGAAGAAAGAGGGAAAUGGAUGGAGAAGUAAGGAAAUGCAAGGUGUGGUGUCAGAAUAUUAGGAGAAAAAGAGAUGAGGGGACAUAAAGAGGGGUGAUGUGACAUAAAGCAAGAAAAUGCAGGAGAUAAAAGACAAGGGACUUACGACAUCAGGAGACUUUCUGGUAGACUUUUGGCUAGAUGUCAGGGGCAAGGCUUCUUCAACAUCAAGAUAUGGGUUCCAGCAAUAUAGUUCGGAUACGGAAAAGAGAUCCAAGAAAUCUAUUGUAUAGUGAGGAUGAGAGACUAUGAUAGAUUAUAAAUCAAGCUUAUUAUAAUGGAUUCUUCCCUCCCCCCCUCCCAAGCCACCAUGGAUAUAGGCUCAAUGCUAAACCAUAUAAAUUUGCGUGUCUAUUUCUCUUUA